GAAUAUGAGAUCCCGAUCCCAGAUCUAAACUUCUGACCUUAACAUCGUAUUCCCAAAACAAAAACUACAACGCAAAUUCAAUCAUGGUCAAGCUCUCAUUCUUCACUGUUGCUGUCCUCGCCGCAGUUGCCCUUGCCUCCCCACACGCCGGUAAGGGUAAGGGUAAGGGCAAGGGCCUGGCUCAGGCUGACUGCAAUAACGGUGCAACUGGUGGAGACUGCGCUGGACUCGCCGCAGCCUUGGUCGAUCCGAACACUGCAGACAAUGCGACUGCUCCUGCCGAUCCUAACGCUGUCGCGGUUCUUGAUCCUAAUGCGGGAGCUGCCAACAAUGGGACAGAAGUCGCGGCCGCUGCUGGCGAUGUAGAGGAUGCGGCUGCCAAGAAGGCUGCAAAGAAGGCUGCAAAGAAGGGUGCCAAAAAGGCUGCGAAAAAGGCUGCCAAAAAGGGUGCCAAGAAGGGUGCGAAGAAGGGUGCAAAGAAGGCAGCUGCGAAUAAGGCUAAGGCUGCUGCCAAGAAGGCGGCGGCAAAGAAGGGUAAGGCUGCUGCCAAGAAGGGCAAGGCUGGUGCCAAGAAAGCUGCGAAGGGCAAGGCUGCUGCCGACGCUUAAUAUGCACAAACCCCGAUUCAGCGUGGAAGAGAAGGUACCCGAUGUUACGGAGAGCGUGGUGCGAACAUCACUACCUCAUCAUAGAGGAACUGGAGGGUUAUACAUUGUAUACACGAUAGCUGUACCAUAGAGAUGAAAUUGUAAAUCCAUGUAUAUACGGACCGUUAAUAACAACUGCAUAUGUGAAAA